AAUACAUUGGCGUUCCUUUAAACAAGUUGUUCUUAAAGCUACAGUACCCACCAGAAUGUGUAAACGUGUCAUAAUCCGGAGGGCUUUAGGACCAUGAGUCCAGCACCUGCAGCGGACACAUUGCAGUGAAUUAAAUAGGAAAGUCAUUCUGAUGGUGAUGAGAGCAACACACCUUUCCUACGUCAGAAAGGAGGAAGGCGCUGCAGCUGCUGAGCCCUCAGUCCUGUCAGUGUGAACUCAGUGAGAGCUGCUGUGCUGUCUGUCCGCGUGUCUGUCCAUCCAUGCCCGCUGUGUAAACCCUCUCUGUCCGGGAUAUUCUGCCGUUUCACCGGACCCUUGAUCUGUGGAAUGAGUUUCAUGGGCUGGAGAAAGAGCGUGAAGAAAAAUGAAAGCAAAAAGGAUGCCGCACAGGCGCAAGACAUACCCAACGGUCCAGACUCCCCAAGCCAGUUGUCAGUCAUAAAUAGUCCAGAAUUGGAUCCUAUCAUCAAAGACUUCAAGUUACAGCUACCAGGUAACAACAAUGGUCCGGAAUCAGCAAGUCCAUCAAAUGGGUGUUUGCGGUCAGACCUGUCGCUGGCUCUGGAGGACUGCAUGGCUGCCCUGGAUCUGUUCCUCAGAAACCAGUUUGAGGAGGCACAGGCCCAGCUUAAAUGCAGAACCAAAGACAGCAUGUAUCACGCUCUUACCUAUGCCACCAUCCUGGAGAUGCAGGCCAUGAUGACCUUUGACCCCCAACACAUCAUGGCUGCAGGGAACACCAUGAAGGAGGCGCAGGCUAUCUGUCAGCGACAUCGCAAGAAAUCCUCAUUCUCCAAAAGCUUUACAGAAGAGGAACUCCAUGCAGAGGUGUGCUUUGCUGAAUGUCUCCUGCAGAGGGCAGCACUCACCUUCCUACAGGAUGAAAACAUGAUCAGUUUCAUCAAAGGGGGAAUCAAAGUGAGAAACAGCUACCAGACAUACAAAGAGCUUCACACAGUCCUCCAGUCCUCUGGAUACAUUCACGGGGACAACCACGGCCAUUUUGAGGGUGGUGUUAAACUGGGAGUUGGAGCUUUCAAUCUAAUGAUCUCCAUGUUGCCCACACGGACGCUGAAGCUGCUGGAGUUUGUUGGUUUCUCUGGUAAUAAGGAGUUCGGCCUACAGCAGCUUCAGGAGGGCUCUGCAGAAAGCACAUUUAGAUCUUUCCUAUGUAACAUGCUGCUGCUGUGUUAUCACACCUUCAUGAGCUUCAUACUGGGUACUGGAGAGGGAGAUGUUGAAGAUGCAGAGAAACUGCUGCAGCCUUAUCUCAAAAAGUAUCCCAAGGGAUCUAUCUUCUUGUUCUUCGCUGGUCGAAUCGAGGAGAUCAAAGGAAACCUGGAUGCUGCCAUCAAGCGGUUUGAGGAGUGCUGCGAGGCUCAGCAGCAGUGGAAGCAGUUCCACCAUAUGUGUUACUGGGAGCUCAUGUGGUGCUUCACUUACAAGAGGCACUGGAAGAUGGCCUACUUCUAUGCUGACCUGCUCAGCAAGGAGAACACCUGGUCCAAGGCUACCUAUGCAUAUAUGAAAGCAGCCUACCUCAGCAUGCUGACUCCAGAUGAUUGCCUAACCUUUGGGGAGACUGCAGUCACUCUAUUCAGGCAGGUCCCAGGGCUGAAGCAGAAAAUAGCAGGGAAAUCUUUACCCACAGAGAAGUUCGCUAUCAGGAAAGCCCGUCGCUACCUUGCAGAAAAACCCAUUCCUCUUCCUGCUCCUCCACUGGAGAUGAUGUACAUCUGGAAUGGUUACACAGUCAUCGGCAAACACAGAGACCUGACAGAGGGCAUGCUGAAAACACUGGAAGAGGCUCAGGCUAACCUUCAGGGCGGGACUGAGUUCUCCAUAGACGAUCAGUGUCUGUUGAGCCUCUUGAAGGGACUGUGUCUUAAGCACCUGGGUCACCAAGAAGAGGCCGAACACUACUUCACUCUGGUCCUCUGCAAUGAGUCUCAGAUCAAGUAUGACCACUACCUGGUUCCUAAUGCCCUGCUGGAGCAUGGCCUGCUGUGUCUGGAGCAAGGCAGAAAAGAUGAGGCUAUCAAAUUGCUUGAAACAGCCAAGCAAAACUACAAAAACUACUCAAUGGAAUCUCGGACACACUUCCGUAUUCAAGCGGCUUUGCUCAAGGCAAAGGCUGAGGGCCAGAACGGCACCCAUGUCCCCUCCAGUCCAUAACACUCAUAGGAGGGCACACAAGAGCAGAGACAGCUUUCUGUUCAUACAGUCCCACAAUGCAAUUCAGCACAGCCAAGCCCAGCCUAUUCAGGCGGAUUAUUGUUUAUGUUGUCGGUUUCUUUUUUUUCAUCAUGAGAGUAGAGAAAGAAGGAAUGCUUGUUUAUCUUGUGUGGGCCACCCUCAUGGGCAACUCCGACUCUAUGUGGCCUUGAUUGAGAUGGGCAGGUUUAAUAAGCCGUCCUCCAGAGUAAAAUGAUGAUGAACUUUACUUCCUUUUUUUAAGAAAGAGAGACGAAUGUGCCUAUAUUUAUGAAACAUUGCUAUUAGCAGGCUGGUUAGUCUAGCACUGUGGCCACCCAUAAAGGGUAUAGUAAAGGUAUAAAACAAAGUAACAUUUUGUAGUACAUGAUGCAGAUUACCUCAACUAUUAUCCCAGGAGAAGAAUAAGCCUAGUCCAUUGUAGUAGCUUGGAUCUGAUGGAGCCACAGUACCAAUGAGCCCAAUGGAACUACUGACAACUCCCCCUGGCCAGCAUUUGACUAUGUUGUUAAGAAGUUCACUUAUAAUGAAAUUUAAAUUAGAGAUAAUAGAUUACAUGACUUGAGUAGAUGAAGGAUGAUACAUAUUUUAUGUGUUGACGUCAUCAUCAGGUAUAAAUGUUAUUGGUACAAGUUACCUGUUUUUGAAUCUGAACCACUGUUAUCUAAUAAGAUAUAAGUUCAUCUGUUAGUGGAAUUCACUUGUACACUAUGAAAAGCCUUGGUUCAUUGUGUUUCUCAGGGUGAGUAAUGGUUUAAUUUUGGAAUCCUCUUCCUUUUCUGAAAAUGUUUUAAAAAGUUUGAAUGAAAGAAAUUAUCAAAAUUUGCACUGAUGUUGUAUUUCCAGUGUCAUUCAGUUUUUUGUGAUGAAAAAAAAAUUUGCAUGGAUCUGAAUCAUCAGCCAGCCAAGGGAAGUCUCCACAGUCGAAAAAAACAAAAAAACCAAAAACAAAAACAGAAUAAUAGAUGAAUUUAUUCUUUACAUUUAUAUAUACUGUAAAUGGCAUCUUUUACAAAAAUUGUCCCGUUUUAAGAGGACAGAUGAAUGUGUCUUUUAGAAAGGCAGACUCCCUCCUUUUCUCCUCCUGGUGUUUGGGACAGACUCCAACAGUACUUGAGCCUGAACAAACAGGCUAUUCAGACAGAGCAGCAAAGGACUGCAAGAUUGUCCGCCUGUUGCAUCUUUAGUGAGUGAAGAAGCUCUGAAUGGCAACUACCGACUCCUUCUGCUUAGUGAACAUCCUCUUCUGCUCCUGUAUCAGCCCUGCUUGACUAGAACUACCUGUAGACAAACUAUAAUGUCUUAACCAUGAUCCUGUCAUAUAAUAAUCUGUAUAUGGACUAAUUCUUGGAAUGAUUGGCAUGACAGAAAGGGGUCACCUGUACUUGUGUUGGUGUUGAGGUUAUCUGAAAGGCUGUGUCCCAGCAACAGAGUGCCCAAAGAGUAGAAACACAGAUGGUGUCUCAAGUGUUGCAAUUAGACCCCUUCUUAUUUAUUCAUGAUGAGAGUAAGGUUUGGGAUUCAGAAUGACGAUGAUGAAGGAGUCAAUUUCAAUUUUUCUUUUUUUAAUGGUGGAGGGAAUGUUCUUUCAAAACUUCUUUAACAGCAACAAAUAUCUGGUAUAUUCCAGAUGAAUAUCAUGUUUUAUUCUAUAACAACUAAUCAGGCCUAUUUGUCUUUUCCCUUUGGAUUUGUAGUUUUAUCUGACAGAAAUUUUAAACAAAUUUAGUGGCAUUAUAAUGUUUACGAUAUGAAUAAGAUACCGAGCAAGGUUACCACUGAGUAGAAUGACAUUCCUGCACAUAAUGUAUGUUUCUAUUGUAAUUUAAGAUGAAAUGAUGAAACACAACGAAAUAACAAAUCCUA